GCGGGGAGCGCGCCUCCGGAGCCCGGGAGGCUGUAGUGGGGCUGCAGCGUCCAGCCGGCGCGGGAGGUACGGCUGGCUGCCGGCGGCCCCGGCUCCAAGCUCUUCCUGCCGGUCCAGCCUCUGCUCCCCCACCCUCCUCAUUUUCCCCCGGCUCGCCUCUGAAAAUCCAAGGCUCCCCCAAGCAGCCAGGAGCGGCGGCGGGCGCAGCGAAGGACACAGGAGGAGUGCAGCUCGCCAGCUGGCCGCGCCAAGCCUUUGGGCAUCAUUGGCGGCGUUGCUAGAGCAUCCCUGGAGGUGCCGGCGCGCCCUUGCUGGACUAGGAGAGGGGAGAAGCCGCGGACUGCAACUGGGCAAGGGGGAGGAAAGCGCGCGCGUGUGUGUGCCAGAGUGUGGGGGACGACCGUCUCGAAUUAGGGAGGAGGAGAGGGCAAAGGAAUCGGGGUGCGGCCCCCUCGGAGGUCCUCUCUGCGCCUCCUCCGGUCCCCAAGGUUCUCCCGCCGCAGCGCCAGCUUCUUAGCGCCCCUCACCAUGGACUUGCGCGGAGUUGGGACGCGCCUCGGCAGCAGCGCGCGGGUGGCUGCCCGGCCCCGGGGGUGCGCGGGCGCGCGCGCUGGGAUGGCGAGGUAGGAUGGCCGCCCAGCGCGACCCUUGUCGCCCCAACCCAGCGGCCCCCGGGCGGUGCCGCUGACUCGCCGAAGCGCACGGGGGUGUGGGCGGAGGCGGCCCCGCCGCGCCCGCGCCUUUGGGUGUCGCUUUGCCUUUCCACCCACUUGCACCUGCCACCGCACGGAUAUCAUGUCGAAGGCGGCCGGAAGCGGAGCGGCGGCGGCGGAAAGUUGUCCCCCAGCCUCUGCUGGCGCGUCCGCGGCCGUGGAGGACCUGUCCAAAGUGUCGGACGAGGAACUGCUGCAGUGGAGCAAGGAGGAGCUGAUCCGUAGCCUGAGGCGCGCGGAGGCCGAGAAGGUGAGCGCGAUGCUGGACCACAGCAACCUCAUCCGCGAGGUGAACCGCCGCCUGCAGCUACACCUCGGCGAGAUCCGCGGGCUCAAGGAUAUCAACCAGAAACUCCAGGAGGACAACCAGGAGCUGAGGGACCUCUGCUGUUUCUUGGAUGACGACCGGCAGAAAGGCAAGAGGGUGUCCCGGGAGUGGCAGAGACUGGGCCGCUUCACGGCAGGGGUGAUGCACAAGGAAGUGGCCUUAUACCUGCAGAAGCUGAAGGAGCUGGAGGUGAAGCAGGAGGAGGUGGUGAAGGAGAACAUGGAGCUCAAGGAGCUGUGUGUGCUGUUGGACGAGGAGAAGGGCGCGGGCUGCGCGGGCAGCCGCUGCUCCAUCGACAGCCAGGCCAGCCUGUGCCAGCUCACCGCCUCCUCGGCGCCCUGCGUGCGCGACGUGGGCGAUGGCAGCAGCACCUCCAGCACGGGCAGCACCGACAGCCCCGACCACCACAAGCACCACGCUAGCAGUGGCAGCCCGGAGCACCUGCAGAAGCCCCGGGCCGAGGGCAGCCCUGAGCACGCCAAGCACAGGAGCACUAGCCCAGAGCAUCUACAGAAACCCAGGGCCUCCGGGACCCCCGAUCACUCCAAAGCGCUCAAAGGACCCAGCCCUGAGCACCACAAACCCUUGUGCAAGGGCAGCCCUGAACAGCAAAGGCACCCGCACCCAGGGAGCAGCCCUGAAACGCUGCCCAAGCACGUGCUGAGCGGGAGUCCCGAACACUUCCAGAAGCACAGACCCGGGGGCAGCCCCGAGCACGCCAGGCACAGCGGAGGGAGCCCUGAGCAUCUUCAGAAACAUGCCCUCGGUGGGAGCCUGGAGCAUCUACCCAGAGCCAGGGGCACCAGCCCUGAGCACCUCAAACAGCAUUAUGGGGGGAGCCCUGAUCACAAACAUGUGGGCGGAGGCGGCGGAGGCAGCGGUGGAGGCAGCAGGGAGGGUACCCUGAGGAGGCAGGCGCAGGAGGAAGUGUCACCCCAUCACCGGAAUGUCUACAGUGGCAUGAACGAAUCAACCUUGUCCUAUGUUAGGCAGCUGGAGGCAAGAGUAAGACAGCUGGAGGAAGAGAAUCGCAUGCUGCCCCAGGCCACCCAGAAUAGAAGGCAACCUCCAACUAGAAACAGCUCAAAUAUGGAGAAAGGCUGGGGGCCCAGAGCCCGGCGGGUCUUGCAGUGGUGGCAAGGGUGCCGAGGAAUAGGACGAUGCCUGCCCACUCUCCCGGGUUCUUUUAGGUUGUCAUCAGGGGCUGAUGGGAAUAACAGUUCACCCAACUCUCCAGCUAGCUUCAGUGGACAUACCACACCUUCUCAGCAGCCUGAACCCGUGGUACAUUCUCUUAAGGUUGUGUGGAGGAAACUUGGAGAUGCUGCAGGUUCGUGUCCUGGAAUUAGGCAGCAUCUGUCUGGAAACCAGUACAAAGGACCAAUGUGAGAAACACUCUUUCAAAUGUGAGAUCACCACUGCCAGAACGAGAGAAAAGGAGGAGGAAAGAGUGGAUUUCCACACACCUGAACUCAUGGAAUAACAUGGAGUGAUUGUACAUUGCACAUAUUUUCCCUCUAUAAACCUUUAGUAUAACUAAAGCUGUAUUUUAUGUCUCUUGCUUUGAUGUCUACAGCAGUCAAUUUCAAACAAGGUAGCUUUGAAAAUCACCAUUUUGGUAUUGAUAUUUUCAUGAGAACUAAAACGUUUUUGACUCCUUAGAUCUAAGAUUAUAGUUGGGAAACACACAUGACUGGGAGCACUAGAGAGCCUCGGUGGUUUUGACUGAGUUGACUAGUUGCAUUUAAUGGUGAGAGUUUUCUACCAUAUUGUAUUGAAGAAGAGGUAACUUCCGGCUUCCCAGGUUUGAGAGUUAGGUACCUGCUUCUUAUAUUUUAGUCAACAAAAACAAAAUACUAGUUCCUGAUACAUAAUUUAGAUGCAAGGUAAGAUUAGGUGUCUGGGACUUUUUUUUUUUUUUUUUGAGGUGCUAAAAUACCAUGUAAAUUCUCCUUACCAGCUGGUAGCAAGACUUUGUAGAGUGCUUAUCAGAGAGUACCUUUUAUUUCAAAUGAUCAAAAUAAAUAUAUUUUUUCUUUUAAUAUUGAUGUAUUAUUCAUGAAGACAUACUUUGAGGACAUGUCAACCUCCAUAUUCAUUCAUGGUAAUACAACAAUUUCCAUUAAAGAAGAAGCGAGCAUAAGUUUUCUAAGUGUUUUCAGCUGUGAGGCAUCAAUUUCUACAAUUUAGUUUCUAGACAUGCUAUUAUAUUUAAUAACCUUCAUGUAAACUUUAAAAUAUUGCACUGCAUUUAUGAAAAGCUUUCUUUAACUACAGCAGCUAUCUAAUGUUUUAUGAAACUGACGCAUGUCCUUCAUUAUUGAGGCUAAAAGCUUUGUUCAGAUUGCUUGAGGUCUGAAAAAGAGGUGUGCUAGCUUUGCUUAGUUUAUUUCUUAUUUUUGGUAUAUAUAAUAUUAGACUGUGUGUAUUGGAAAUGCUAUGAUAGGUAUUUUGUGUUUACUCAAAUGCAAUGAUACUUUCCUGUAUGAAUGUGCAAGAGGCCUGUGGCAGAAUGCUAUUUUUACUGUAGUUUAAGUUAUAAAAGUAGGAAUGCAACAAUUCCCAGUUUUCAGAUUUCUUCUAUAGUACUCAUAUUUGCUUCAUGUCAGAUAUUCUGUUUUUAAAUGGGCUCAUUACAGUUUAUUAAUUGUCAUUGUUGAAGAAAUUUCAUUAGUUUUUAAAUGUUUUUGUGAUGAACUAUAGUUUUUAAAAUGUUAUUGUGAUGAAAAACCAGCCUUCUGCUUUCAGAAAAUAUUUCAGUUAAUUUACUACCGAAUAAUCUAAUUAUCAUAAUUGGGUCACCAUUUAAGCCUGUAUUUCUUUUACAGGGUAGUAAUAUUUUAAAAACAUAAAAGAAAACUGCUUGCUAUAUUUACACUUUCUCUUGUUAGGAAAUCUUUUAUGCUUAAAUUGUUGUAUUCCUACACUUUGAAGACAUUUAAAAUAAGUUUUUGUGCCUGCAGAAGCUAAUACAAGGAACACUGGUCUUUUGACAAAAUACUUGUGUAAAUUUUGAUACUGUAUUAAAACUAUUUUUUUAAAGUUCUGCAUAAAAUUGAGUAUCAAGUAUAUGUGUUCAUCUUAGCCCUGGUAAUAAAUUAUUUAAUCUCAGUGUUUUUUUUUUUUUCCUCCAAAAUGUUUUUCCUAAAUAAGAUUUCUAAUAGUCUCUAAAUACCAUAAUGCUCCUGUAUGAUGAUAGUAAUGCAGAUGACUUAUCAUCUUAAACAUAAAAGCAAAGGCAUGUUUUUACACAUGGUCACAAUGGGGUAUUCAGAUAUUCAACUCACACAUUAUAAUGUAGUAAAAAUUUUUGAAUAUUUAAGAAUAUUUUAAAAUUAGUUUGUGUUACAAAACCUUCCUAUGUUCUUUUAAUUCAUAUAGAUUAAAAUUAAACAAUUCUAUUAUUUAAAAAUCAUCAGAAGGAAAUUUACCAGAGGGGAAAUAUUAAAGAAAUUAAAAACUUAGCCUCUGUAUUUUAGAAGCUCAUAUAUUAUUGGGGGGAAAAGAUUAUAUACACAUAUAAGCAAGACGGAGAUCAGAGAACACACUUAGAAAUCAGUAGUAAGAUUGUGGAAGCCUUCCUACAUUUAGCAUUAGCUCCAAUUUUGA